ACUAUCAUGAUGAAGAAUACUACUCAAGCUCAAUCCUCUUCAUCUUUUGUGAAUUUCUGUCGGAAACUCUCACCUAAGAGAAAAGAUUCAUCCGCAGAGAUACAACCUAACAUCCAUGAUGAUCAUGACAAGAACAAAGACUUAGAGGCUGUCUUUGACUACAUGGACGCAAACAGAGACGGUAGAAUAUCUCCACACGAGCUUCAGAAGAGUUUCAUGACACUAGGAGAGGAACUAUCUGAUGAAGAAGCAGAAGCUGCGGUUAGAUUGUCUGAUACAAACGGAGAUGGGAUGUUGGAUUUUCAAGAGUUUGCUGAGCUAAUCAAAGGAGAUGAUGAUAAGGAAGAGAAGGAGGUUGAGCUCAAGGAAGCUUUUAGAAUGUAUAUAGAUGAAGGUGAAGAGUGUAUUACUCCUAGAAGUUUGAAGAUGAUGUUAAAGAAGUUAGGUGAGUCAAGAACCACUGAUGAUUGUAGAGUUAUGAUUCGUGCUUUUGAUCUCAAUGCUGAUGGAGUUUUGAGCUUUGAUGAGUUUGCUCUUAUGAUGCGUUAAGUGUUUUUAUUAUAAUCACCUCUCAUUUGUUAUUGUAGCUUCUCUUUUUUUUUUCCAUCCUUCUAUUUGAUUAAGAAUAUGAUUAAUGUAUAUACGUUGGCUUGUUAGACAAUAAGAAAUGUUUUUAUAUAACAUUAAAUUCACAUGUACACCUUUGUUACAUCGGGAGAAUGUGUCAUAUUAAGCUUUGCAAUAUGCAUUCAUCUACUAAAUUUGUGUAGAUGUGUACAUACUAUUAUUCCAUGAAGCACACAU